ACCAGAAAGAGAUGGCCUCUGGGGUCUCCGCUGCCCCUUGGGGUCCGCUCCGGGCGGCGCCUCCCCUGCGCCCUUUGUGUGCUCGCCGCAAACCCCUCUGCAGAGCUCUACUUUUGGCCGCGCAGCCUUCGGCGGAAAAGCGAGUGAAAGGAGGCGCGCGGGACAAGCAGGGGACUGGAAGGGGGGAAAAGGCGACCGCACUCACUUUGGGAAGGUUCCGUCAUGUUGCCUUUGGGCUUCCCCGUGGUCUCGUCCCUAACCCCAGCUUCCCCGCCCAGCCAGGGCCAGGGCGAGGGGGGACGGGGGAGGAGCGGAGCCAUCAAGACCGACUUGGAAAUGGUGCUUCCGGAGCUGCAGGGAAGGGACUCAGAAACUGUUUGGGUUUUGCUGACUGGAUUUUGGGGAACCAGAGGGCUAGAGAGGGGCUAGGGGAAGGCCCGUGAGCACGGAUGUAUGAAAAUAAUCAUGUUCCCGGGGAAUACCAAGAGGGGCGGGGGUGAGGGUGGGAGGUCGGCAAGUACAUUUUUGUAUUUGAACUUUGUGAGCAAGUUGUAUCAAAUCCGACGCUUGAGUUUUUCGACUGUGCUCGCUUAGAGUUGAGGUUUCUACCUCGUAACAGGACCGAGGACCUACUCCAAAAGCAAAGGGCCUGGGAAAAGGGGUGAACGAAGGGCACAAUUCAACAGGGUAGAGAAAUCAGCCCCGAGUCUUCCGUGGGUCCUCUUCUUACCUGGUGG